AGCCGCCGUAAAAGUAUAAAGGAAGCGGGCGUUCAACAUCGAAGAACGUGAUUUCGAAAUCACCAGAGCAGUUCGAUCAUUAUCAAGCCAUCCCAAUCACCAGGUUGCAUACUUAUCCAUUGAAAUUUACUUCACUCAGAACCAAUCUUCACACAAAGCUUGUUAAAGCGACAUCAUCUAUCAAGAUGCAGUUCACUCAGUUCCUUGCCGCCAUGGCUAUGCUGUCUGCCUCUGGUUUUGCGCUUCCCGCGCCUCAGAAUGAUGAAGGCUGCAUUCGGAAGGAGUACGUCGACAUCAACCACGGCGAUGAGUAUGACGAGCCGGCCGAGAUUGUAUCUGGUCAUGGAUACAUCUCGGAUAACAUCAACACCUGCUCGAUCGCCAACUCGGCCACCCACACAAAGACAAUGUCGUGGUCCAUAGGGGGCAAUUCUGGAGGCAGCAUGGACUUCAAGAAGAUCUGGUCCGCAGUGUCCGGCCUGAGCUGGGACGUCUCUUUCUCCGAGUCCGAUGCGACGGGCAUCACUACAACGGCCAACUGCCCUGCCGGUGGCAUCAAGUGCGGCCUACAAGUCGUUGUGCGCAGCAUCAAGAUCACUGGAAAAGAAGUCACAUACAAGAAGCUGUUCUCUGGCAACUCCGGCACCUGCAGCGGGACGGAGAGGGAGAUCAGCCGCGAGGACUGGGAGACUGUCAACACGGUGCUCGAUGGCGACGGCGAGCACAAUGCGCGCAUGGACUUCCGCGCGUGCCACCGCGGCUGCGCCGACGGCAGCGACUGCUAGGGGGCGAUUGACAAGGC